UGGGACCAAUAGAGCAUGUACAAGUCUUCUUUCCACCUGAGGAGCUCCUGUGUGAAUCAGAGCCACUUCCAAGAACAGCAUCCUUUAGUGAUGAAGUGUAACCAUCUCCUGUCGUGGGCCUUCCUGCUCGUGGCCUCUGGCCCUGCACUGCUGGCCCACCCCAUCACAGAAUCUGCUGAGAUGCCCUAUCCAGGACCUGUAUCAGCGGAGGACCGAGGAGUUGGAGGUCUGGAUGAUCUGUCUCUCUCUGAGCAAACCUUCCCUCUUCAGGAUGGUGCUGGUCUUAGAUAUUCCACUCUGAUAUCUGGGGAGAUCAACAGAGAUGGUGUCAGAACAACAGGUCUGCUUCCUAGGGGCAUGAAAAGAGAGGUCCUACUGGAGAAACAAAGUCUCCUUAAUCCUUUCAGCCGUGUGCUGGGCAUCCGGAAGCAGUUCAGGAAGAGAGCAGGGAAUUCUGAAUGUUUCUGGAAGUACUGUGUCUAAAACUGUCAACAGGCAUUGAUGUUACACACAAGAGACAGGGCUUGCACUAAAACAAAAAUCCCUUUCUUGCACUCACGUAAGUCCAUGCAGACAAAAUAAGAAACAUCAUUCAUGCAUAUACUGUAUGUGCGCAUAUGCAUGCUCAGGUGCAUGUACUCACAUACACACUCACAUACAUAAGUGCUGUCAGUAUUUGUUCAGAAAAAGAACAAUGCCAUAGGUAUGAUUGAGAUGUGUUGCUUGGGGACUUUAAUAUUACUUCUAAGAUACUUUUCUGUUGUGUGAAACUAUAUUUAUGAACACAUAUUUGUUAAAAGUCCUUGGUUGUCUGAUGUAUGACCAAAUGUCUUUUAAAUGUGAAAGUAAAAGGUUAUAUAUGUUGAAUAGAAAUAAAAACUACAUUACAAAUA